AUGAUUUUUAGUUUUGAUGGUUGUGCGUGGACCUUCCUGUGGCUUGGGGCAGUUGCUUUAGCUGCUAAUCAGGAGCAAACGCCGGUGUUCAGAAGGGGAGGUUCGAAGUUCAUCAUGGAAUCUCUUCUGACCAGUUGUGAUCACAACUUUGUGGAGUAUUUCCGAAAAGUUCCCGACAAGGUGGACAUAUACACCUUCCGCGUGGUGAAACUGGCUUCAACCUUUUCCAUCGACAUAGCCGUGAGGGUCCUGAAAACCAAGAGAGUAAUGUACAAAGUGGACAACUUGGACGGCUGUCAAUUUCUAAUGAAUCCCCUGAUGAAUCGCGUUUUUGGGUCUGUUUACAAGCGACUAAUCGUGAAUGGCACUUUCUUUAGCUGCCCGAUAAAGCCGGGUGUUUAUUACCUCAGGAACGAGGGUUCUGUGGCCAUGUUGCCCUCUUUUCACCCGCCGGGAAGAUAUCAGAUCACCAUGCGCGUUCGGAUGCAUGAAAGUCGAGCACCCUUUGUGAUGGAGAUGCUAUGGAUAUAUAAUGUAGUCAAAAUAAAGUAA